AUGAUGAGGUAAAUAAUUUAACCGCUAUAACAUCAAAUUAAGAUUGACAAAUUCAACGAAGGAAUGUUUGGAAAAGAAAGAGAUCGACUCAUGAAGUUUGAUAGUUUGACUGUUUUAGAUUACAUCAAAACAUCCAUUGAGAUUCUAAUGUAAAUGAAGCUUGAAGAAGAGAAAAUAGGUGGUGAUCAGAAUGGAGAUAAAGUUCAAAGAAUUUCCAAAAAGCCUAGUACUAGUACUUAGAAUUUCGACCAUUAAAGUGAAACACCUUAAUCUUCAUCAGUCAGAUCUAUAGAACUUCCGCCUAAAGAAUAUGAAACUCAAUUAUAACAGUAUGAGUCCGAAGUAAGAAAUCAUAUAAAAUGCGAAUAGCAACUAAAGCUUCACAUUGAAGUACUGUAAGAGAAAAUUGAUGAGCUGGAAAAAGAAAAAAUUACCAUGCUCGCAGAGCAUGAAACUUUAAUAAAAGAACUUGAAGAAAAGUUUAAAUAACAAUACAGAGAAAUUAUAAUAGCUAAAGAUAAGGAUCUAGAAACUUUGCAAAGUGACCUAAAAGUUGCAUAAAGCAAGAUAAUGCAUUAAAGUUAACUAAUAGAGAAAUAAAAAGCUCUAUAAAUCUAAGUUUAAAAUUAGCAACACCAGCAUUAGUAGUUAAUAUUAUAGCAUUCAUAGAAUAGCCAGACUUAACAGCAACAUCAAAAUCUUCUAAAUAACAUGAAUUAGAAUUCAUAGCUUGCUUAAAGUUCUAGCAGCUAGAACUAGAGAGUAAACACAAGUCAAAGUAAAUCUCCUCCUAGCCAUUCAAACAUUAUGUCAAGCAAUAGCAAAAAGGUAAAAAAUGCUUAAAAAGGAAAGAGUCCAUAUUUAAAUGACUGCUUUUAUAAAUUGAUUGGAAAUGCAUCAAAUGCAUCAGGUGCCAGUGCCUCUAAUAACGGCUAAGCAUCAUCGAAUAACUCGAGUGCUAAAUCAAACAGGAAAUCCUCAUAAAUCAAUAAUAAUGCCUAAGAUAUAUCUAUUAGUGAAGCUUAGCCUACUUCUAUACCAAGUAAAAAGAUCAAGCCUGCUAAUCAAAAUUCACUUGCUGGAAAUACUUUGCAAGAAAAUAUGAAAAUAAUAGCAGCUAUUUAAAGAAUGAGAAUUGGAAACUAGCCUGGUCUGAAUCUAAAUUAAGGCAUCAUUAACCCACAAAGCCAAUCUCAAUAGCAACACAAGAAAAAUAAGUCGUUCAGUCAUUAUGGAAAUACCAGUGCUUCCUCAGCAGGCAGAUCUAUUACUUAAUCUAGUCAUUAUAACCCUAGUGAUUUCUAAGUUGGAGCAAAUCUGUGGAGUGUAUAAGACAUCUCAAAUAUAUCAAAUAUGAACAACAGUUUUUAAAAUGAAAGAGUAAAUCAAACUGUAGAUGGAAUAAGCAAUUAAAACAACUAGAAGAUGGUCUUGAUAGGUAAUAAUGGAGGUAGAAUACAAAUAAUUGAAAACCUCAAUAUAAACUCACAAAAAAACAAUUCACAAAUUUUCCAAACAUAAUAGCCAGUCGAUUAAAAUUAGCAAUAGCUGUUCACUAGAGUUAAUCACGGAGAUGUUGAAACUUAUUAAAGGAAAAAAUCUUCAAAGAAAACUAAAUCAAAUAAAAGAGAUAAUAGUUCCCACAGUGGCAGAGGCUCCUCAAAUUCUCACUUAGGCUAGCCUAGCUCAUUUACUAAUAAUGCAAGUAUGGGUUCAAAUAUUCAUCAUAGAGUAUACAGUAUUGACAUGAUUGAAAAUUAAAACGAAAUUGGUAAUUUAUUAGCUGCAAAUUAGCAAGAUUUUCAAAAGAACUUCCAGUCAAACUAAAUCAUUUAAAAUGCAUCAAUGCAAAGAAAUACUGUAGAUAGCAAACAAAAGAAGUAGAUUUAAUCAUAAAUACCAAAUUAACGUGGACGACCUAAGUCUCAGAUGGCGGAUAAAAGUAUUUUUGUGAGAAUUGUUCGACUAUUUAACCUCCUCUCAGCAGCUUUAAUGAUCAUUGAUGCUAUAAAUAGAUUUUUUGAUUUUUAAAGGCAAUCUGAUCCAUUCUUUUUCUUGCUAACGUUUUAUCUCUUCGGUUUCGCUGCUUUGCUAGUAAUGGCUGAAAUUAGAUACAAGCGAGUGAUUGCUUAUGUCGAAUUUCUUAAAUCUAGGAUAGGCAAAGGAUUAUAUGUGAUUCUGGUGGGGCUCUUGAUCUUUGAUGAAAAUAGAAAGUUUGAUAUGUUUGUAGGAAUAACCCUAUUCUUGAAUGGAGUCUUCAAUAUAAUAGUGUCAUGUAUGAGAGAUGAAAUUCCAGAUGACAAUUUAUAUGAAAAAGCAGAAAUGUAUGAUCCCGAGUCUCAGACUGAAGAUUUGACUUAAGAUCCCCAAACACCAAGAUAGACGAUUGAGCACUAACCAACCUUGCAACAAUAAUAAACAGUUAAGAGAUCACCUUCAUAGAAAAGUGAGGAGAAAUAAUAAGCAGCAAAGUAAGAGGUACAAUUCGUCUACAAAUUAGGUGCAGAAUAAGAUAAAUAAAAUAUUCCUCCUGCAGGCUAUAGUUCAAAAUAAGUGCCUAACAAAUUCUCCAGAGGAUAGGCAUACCAAAAGAAGAAGUGA